UCCAAUUUUUUCAAAAAUAAGCCUGGUGACCCCUCAGUUAUCUCAGAGCUCUGUAUACAUAAGUUUUUUUUCCUCUUUGUGUUCACAGGUCCAUCGAGUCUGGACAGCUCCUCUGAGUGAGGAAGUGAAGAUUUUAAGGGCCCCGGUGGUGGCAAUGAAUGGUGUGAAGGCAAAAGCCCUGGGGUGUCUCUACCAGCAGCUGAAAAGCCUCCGGAGCCCAGCACGGCCCUGCAGCCUGGCUGCCUGCUCCAGGAAAAACAGGAAUGCUGCCUUGCAUCCACUUUGGCAGAGCCCACUGACAAUUCCUGGAGGCACCCGACAGUCUCCCAUCAACAUCCAGUGGAGAGACAGUGUUUAUGAUCCCUUUCUGAAGCCUCUGAAAAUCAGCUAUGACCCAACAACAUGUCUUCACAUCUGGAACAAUGGAUAUUCAUUCCUCGUUGAGUUUGACGAUUCUACUGAUAGAUCAAUAAUCGUUGGAGGUCCCUUGGAAAACCAGUACAGGCUAAAGCAGUUCCACUUCCACUGGGGAGCUAUAAAUGACUGGGGUUCAGAGCACACAGUUGACAGUAAAUUUUACCCAGCAGAGUUGCAUCUGGUGCACUGGAAUGCUGUGGAGUACCCGACUUUUGAGGAAGCUGUGAUGGAAGGGAAUGGCCUGGCUGUUAUUGGAGUGUUUUUAAAGCUGGGAGCACGGCACGAGGGGCUGCAGACCCUGGUGGAUGCCCUGCCAGCAGUGAAACACAAGGACACUGUUAUCGAGUUUGAUGUCUUUGAUCCCUCCUGUUUGUUACCUUCAUGUCCUGACUAUUGGACCUAUGCAGGCUCCUUGACCACUCCCCCCUUGACUGAAUCUGUCACAUGGAUUAUUAAGAAGAAGCCAAUAGAGGUGGAUGAAGAUCAGCUGGAGGCCUUUAGGAUGCUGCUCUUCACCUCAGAUGGGGAGGAGGAGAAGAGGAUGGUGGACAACUUCCGUCCCCUGCAGCCGCUGAUGGACCGAACCGUGCGCUCGUCCUUCCAGGUCAGGCACCUCCUGGACACUGAGGCACAGCCCCAGGGCCACGCUGAGCAGGUCAGGCCAUAGGUGGCCCAUCAACAUCAGGCUGCAGCACGUGGACAUAAUGUUAUUUCUCAUUAUUUUCCCUUUUCCUGCAGUGUAUCCCUGCACUUUCACAGCCAGCCCCAGUGGCAGUCCUGCUAAGUGCCCUUUGACCUUCACUAGAGAAGCUGUGAGGGUUUUUAGUUUUGCUUUUCUGAAGAAGUAAAUAAUAUCAACCCUUAACAAAUUGACUUGCUUUGAGACAGGGAUCAGUAAGGAAUUAUUAAGAUAGCUAAAGCUAAAAUAACAGUGGGAGAGGUCUUCCUCUGCCUGUUCUCUGAAUUGUUCUGUGUAUCUUCAAAUGCUGUUUCAGUGCCUUGCAUGAGUUAAUAAUCCUGGUCAAAAAGUUGUUAGCAAGGAGAAAGUGUGAAGAAGUGCAAAGUAUUAACACUGAUCAGGUGCUUUUGUGAAUUUGUUUGAGAUCUGAGAAGAGAACUGGAAGUAGUUUCUCUAGUCACACAUACAGAGACAUUUUACCUUCUUCCUUUUUCCUUGGGUGAAAAGAGGAAAAGGACAAAAAUGACUUGUAGAAUAAAAGCUCUUUCCAUUCUGUUGGCUGCAUGAUCCAUGUUUGAUGUGGAGGCUGCAGAAUGUCCACUCUAAACACAUCACAAGCCAGAAGACUUUCUUAAACCUUUUAACAAAUGUAGAAGCUUUUAGCUUUGGCAGCUUUUACUCUUCUGUGUUAAUAAUGUAUCAGGAGAAGAGAGCAGAGGAGAAUUCACCAGCAUCUCAGGACUGGCAAGAGCAGCAAAUUAGGUGAAAAUGUCCAAUUGAUCUCAGAAAACCGAUCACAUCAAAGGAGAGCAAGAUUAGAUAAGGUUCAGCUGACCCUCCCAGUGGGAUUUGGGGAAAAAAAGCCAAAACCAUUUUCUGAAACCUGUGCUAGGACAAAAUGCAGCCCUCAGAAAGGUUUUUGAUUUCAGUAACUCACAGAGCACCAGUGCACUCUCUUCAGAGUUUUGCCUUGAAGUGUAUUGUCUUAUAAAAAGACUUAUCCAGCUUCAGGACAACAGGGGACCAGUUUGUAUUUUUAGCACCUUAUGGUAACGAGGUCCAGUGGUGGUUGAAAUGUAUUUGUGGACCAAACCAAGCUGCUGUGGAGCUGCCACCUGCAGAGUCUUAUCCUGGAGCUGUGGUCCAAUUGCCACGAGUAGUAUCUACCUCUGCUCAUCCUACUAGGCCUGAUUUUCUCUCAAGCACCUUCUUCCCUGGCUCUUUCUGCUUCACUGGAUGGUCAGAUUUUCUGGUGAGGAGCAGGUCUAUCUGUAAACCAUGGUGUGAUCUUGAUUGAUUGUGUUUUUGAUUCUUGAGGAACCGAUCUUACUCAUUUGCUUCUCAUUGCUGCUGUGAUUCAGCACAAGGGAAACGUGACACUGGCUUGUCAAUCUAAAUCCAGAGCUUUAGAAUUGAUACUUUUAUUUUUGAAGUCCAAGUGUUCAGUUUAAAAGCACUUUAACACUUUUUAGUGUGACCCUGACGAUUUUAAGGUUUUGAAAUAAUCUUGUUUAACCAGUUAAGUGCCCCUAUCCUGCCUUUGCUUCCUUAAUAGCUCUACCUCAGGCUGUUGUUACUGUGCAACAGUUGUGCCUUUCUGCCCUGGCAAUUUGGAAUGUGGCCACUUAACUUUGGAGUGACUGUACAUGGUAAAUGUAAAAAAAAUCUCCCUUCUAUCCCAGUGUAGGAUGUUUUUUCUGUGUAGCGAAUUCAAAAUGGCAACAUCUCUCUUUGGUUUCUUUGCUUCUCCCAAGCCCUCUUACUGCUUGGGUGAACCUUUCCAUGUUGGUUCACCUUUCCAUCUCUCUUUGGAUGGGGCUUGGAGCAACCUGGUCUAGUGGAAGGUGUCCCUGCCCAUGGAAGGGGCUUGGAACUGGAUGAUCUUUAAGGUCCCUUCCCACCCAAACCAUUCCAUGAUUCCAUGAUCUCAGUUGACCUGUACAGUCUUUGGCAUCAUCACACAGACUUUCCACUAUGUACAGAAACACGUCAGUGAUGAUUUUUGCUAGAGAACGAGAUGUUCCAAAAUAAAUUCUGAAGGAAUAUCUCCAGUUCUGGCAAUAGGAAAAAAAUGUUUUUACUUUUUGCCUGAGUGUACAUGGCCUGGUCAUUAAGUCUGAGGUUUUUGUUCAGUGCUGUUCUUGCAAACACUUCUCUGAAGAGGACCCUGUAGAAGGGUGGCUGUGGUUCAGAUAUUUUACUACUCAUUAUUAAUAGGAAAAAUUGUAAUAUAAAGACAUGUUAAUGUUGCCUUAUAUUUAAAAAUAGAGCAGACUCGGCAGCACUGGGCUAUAGGUGACCUGCAUCAAUAAUAUCCUUAUCAUAUAUAAUAUAUUCUAAAAGGCUUCACGCAAUUGCUCAAUUUUUUAGUUGCCUUGGUAAUUUUCACCGAGUUUUUGGGUGUCUCUGCUCCCAAACAAGCUCUGUCUGAGCUUGUUUCACUCCUGGGAAAUACAAAAUACAGAUUUAGAGAACCACUGGGGUGUAAAUGUUUAACCUUGAGGUGCUCUGUAAUGCUGUGGUACCUCACACCCACCUGAGUUCUCCAUGCUGAGGUUUGCUCCACUGAACCACAUUUUCCUCCUGGGUGUGUAAAUCUCUUUUUAACACACCACCACCCAUCAGAGGCUAUGCUGAAUAUUCCCUUUUCCAGUGAUCCAUUUCAAGUUCUCAUGGAGAUUUACUUUGUUGAAGUAUUGUCAUUUAUUGUUCGAGAAUAGGUGCAUUAUGAAGUCAUACAGGUACUAAGCUAUACUCCAUAUUUAGAUAAAAUCACAUCUGUUUUUACUGCCAUAAAAUUAAUAAAUUUCAAUUUCAGCACUCAUCACUUCAAAUAUAUGGAAACAGGGUCAAUGUAGAAACAAUUAACUUUGCUACAACAAUAAGUUUUCUGUUAUUUUGCUGUUUCUUGCACUUCUGUGUAGUGUUUUAGCACACCUGGUUACAGUUGCAGGGCAGAUUGUUGUUGGAAUUUUCAGUUUGGAAAUGGACAGAAAGGGAAUUUUGGAUGUUAUUUUAAUUUUAACUUGUAUGUUACAAUGACUUUAUUGGCCCUGUGAGUGCUGACUUCAAGGAAAUAAUUGUGUGCCUGCACAUGUGUGUAAAACAGGAGAUGGGGUAGAAUUCUUUGCCCUUAUUCUCUGUUUUGUGUGUAUAAAAAUGAUUUAAUUGUUGGGUAAGAGCUGAUAUCUGUAAUGAUUUUGCACAAUUAAGUGAAACUUUAUUUGAAAGAGGAAUCUUUAGGCUCUUUAGGAUAGUACAAUAUGAAAGGGUCAAAGCACAUAUUUGUGUUUUCCUUGCAUAGUGGUCACUUUUGUAACUUAACAGUGCCCUGGGAGGCAUUCCUGUGGCAAUAAGUACUAGGAAUUAAAGACUGUAAUAGAAAUAAUUUUGGGAAAACUGACUGAAACGGGAGUGGAAGGUUUUUGAGCACAGACCUGUGUCUGUGUUGGCCUGACUUCCAGCUGCCUUUCAAUAUUCCUGUUAAAUGCUGCUCUUAUCUCAGUCUUGGUCACUUUGUGGUUGGAACAACUCCCUUUGGCAUUUGAAUGUUUGAUCUGUAUUCCUGCAUUCCAGAACUUUCUCACUUCAGGUGUAACCACCUCGUACCCCUGACCACUCUUGUGCUGCCUUCUGCCAGGAAUGACCCCAGAGCUGACAGGGGUGUCUCCCUUGGCUUUGAAAGCUCUGGAAACAGAGAUUGCUUUGAUCUCUACAGGGGUUUAGAGGACUGGAACUGUACUUUGGAGGAAGGGUUCGUUUGUGCCUUAAUUUUGAAUGUUUUAAUUUGUGUUUCUUGGCACAUCUUUGCUUUUUUCUUUGUUCACUGUGUUUUCAUGGCUGUUAUUACAUUUUGUAUAUUUUAAUGUUUGUUAUCUGCCUGAUCAUAAUUUACUGAAAAUAAUUGUCUUAGGAGACAGCAUCUGUAAUAGGGAAUGCCUUUUCCUUCAGUUUUUACCUGCUGUAUAGAACCUUGUAGCUGCUGGAUUUUACACUGUUACAUUAGUGUGCAACUGCAAUAAAGGACCAGAGAAACCUGU